GUCAGUUUUCAGUUGGCGCUCAGUCGCGAAAGUUAUCUCGGCGAGUGAACACGCACAUCGCACAAGUUCUCUCUCACCAGCGAUUCUUGAUACCGAAGUUUCAGUCAGUCGUCCAGCGCCAAGUUUCGCUCGCGUGGUGUUCGCGAUUUGUGUUAUUGUUGUUGGACGAACGUUUGAAGAAGAACGCUUUUUUAUGUAAUUGGCGGUGAAGAGCAAGAAAGAGGAGCAUAUUUCUUGUGAUUUUGCCCUCCGUUGCGUUAGAAAUCAGCUGAACAAAAGUGGCUCGGUUCGAAGGUUCACUCAGUACUACCUGGUUGUUCACUCAAUUGGUUUAGCAUACGUUUAGCGCGGGCACAUUGUAUAGAUCCAUAUUCUGAGUAGUUUACAAAUUCUACACCAGUUUCGUGUCCCCGGUGUCGUUUGUAGGCACUCAGUGAAGUUGAAUCUCCUUGUGAGUUGAUUGAAGUGUUGUACCAUCGGUAACCAUCAUCAUCGUCAUCUGAAAAAAAAAAUCCGCCCAAGAAGAGUACAGCAAGUUGCAUCGAAAUCAAUCGAAGAAAAAAGUGAGAAGAUUUGCUUCAAGGCAAAACAAAAAUUACACGAGCAAUUUGAAGAAAAAGCAAAAAAUAAAGCUAUUACCCAGUCAGUGUUGUUGCUGCUACAAGUAGUGUAAAGUUGGUGGUUGCUUCUUACAACAAACAUUCGAAGCGAAACUCGUUUUCUCCGUGUUGCCCCCGCCGCCGUAUCGCCCAUGAGGUGAAGAGACGCAAAACCCGCACUUUGCUUGAACCUGGGGAGCAGUCGAAGCAUAGGCCUCUUAACCGAAGCCGCUUAGGAGGGUAUAACCGGAGGGUUUGCGAUUUGUGCUUUUUGGUGUAUACAACACAAGUUAUAGUGCUAACAGGUGAGAGGCACCUGUCCCUUCACCCUCCAUCCCCUCUGGGCCAUCAGACGUUAGAAGUGUGCGUGUGUAUCUCUUGUUGGCACAUUGCUUCAAACAGUCGUCUAUAAUGCACCAUCGACAACUACAGCAACAACAACCCAGCGAAUAGACCGAAGAGAAUACCUUCCACACCCGGAUCGUCGUUGGCGGUCGAGGUUCAGUGCACAAUAAUUGCCGCAAACGGUUGGCGGCGCCAUUGUCGGCCCGAUGACGUGACAUGGUCGUGGACGUCAUCGAAUCUGCUGCUGCCAAGCUGCCCGGUCAUCAUCGUUAUUAAGGGGAAAAGGCGGGAAGAACGUCUCUGGAGAGGCUAGAGUGAUAAUAGCAGUAGCAUCCAACCAUCCAACCAGACAUGUGUCUCUUAUUGAGUAUUAGCAAACAUCGUCAGCUCCGGGUUGCAGUUCCUGUGUAUUUCGUGUAGUUAAUUAGUCUAUCAGAUUUGAAGGGGUCAUGCCAGCGUUGCGUUUGUUCGGCCGGAAAUGGUUAGCCGCGUCGGACGACCUUGUGUUUCCGUGCGUGUUCGAGAUCGUGUUCCGGAUCGUAUGGCUCGGGCUGAUAUCAUGCGUGACGUCGACGUACUGGAGCGUGACCGCGGAGUGCGAUGAACAGGCCGGCCUAGCCGUGCGCAUCUACCUAGUAGGAACCCUAGCAUUAAUUAGUAUAAAUAUAGUUCUACUCGUGCUGCUGGUAAACCGCAGCGCCCAGGGCAGCAUCACCGAAGUGCAGAAGCGCCGCUGGGUGGCGCCUCUUCUGGUUGUUAAGAUUCUUCUAAUCCUGCCAGAAACUGGACUGAACGUCUUCGGAACGAUGUGGGCCUUCUGCGGAACCAUCGAGUGCAAGAGUGAAGACAAAAUAACUCGAACUGUGAUCGAAGCAAUCGUACUAUUCAACUGGGUAGUCUUUGCGCUUAUUAUCUUCGGAUUAGCAAUAGUAUUUGACCCGCUGGGGUCGGCCAAAUAUAAGAACGGCAGGGAUAGUAACGAUAACGGUCCCACCGAGUCGGCAAUCCACCGAAAGGUCUCGAAACUAUGGUUCCGGAGGUUCCGGUGGGCCUUCUGCUGCCUGCGGAAGGACGAAUUUGGCCACGAGGCAUUUACGCAGGUGGCCAGUCUACUCAGUGCACUCUUCCGGGGGACGGAUCUGGUUCCUUCGGAUAUCAUGGCCGGGUGUGUGCUGCUGAGGGUCCGUCAGAAACGAGAAACCCGCGAAAUGCGGCGAAUACGUAUGCUGAACGACGAUGGGCCGCGAUAUUCUACGGAUAUUACCAGGGUGUUUGCCACGUCUCCGGCGUGGAUGACGAUCAAAAAUGCACGGCACUUUUUGAGAUUCGCCCUGGCUGCCUAUGGGUGGCCCAUGGUGUGCUACAUGCACUGCUGCACCGGACCGUACCGGUUGGUUCCCAAGAUGACAUGUUGCGCCUGCUUCCGUCGAAAACCACAAAUCAUCAUAGAUGAUAACUGUUGCCUAUGCCACGUUUCCGGCGUUCGGUAUACAUCACGAAUCCGCAGCGAAGACGUUCUACACGCGUCAUUCAAAAAUCACGUAUUUGAGUUACCAUUCUGCGUUCUGGCAGAUCACAGUACCAAGAGUAUCGUCAUAUCCAUCCGAGGAAGUCUAUCGAUGCGUGACGUCUUCACGGAUCUGGUAGCCAAUGCGGAGCGUUUCGAUGCGCCAGGGAUGCCUCCGGAUUCAUCCGCCCAUCGAGGUAUGGUGGCCGGCGUGGAUUGCUUGCUGAAGCGACUUCGAGAGGGUAACAUGCUGGAGCGGAUCUUCAACACCUACCCGGAGUACACCUUGGUCCUGACGGGGCACAGCCUGGGAGCUGGUGUUUCCAUUCUGUUGGCAGCGAAACUGAGGAGUCGUUUCCCGGAUUUGCGAGUGUACGCUUUUGCCACUCCGGCAGGUUUGCUCAGUCGGGAAGCUGCGCGGUAUACGGAGAGCUAUGCUUUUACUAUCGGAGUCGGAGAUGAUUUCGUUAUGCGGCUGGGUGUGGAUUCGAUCGAAAAUUUGCGGACCAGCGUCAUCGAGACGAUUCGGGCGUGUAAGCUGCCGAAGUGGCGCAUCAUGUUGAACGGCUUCGGGUACGCCUUGUUUGGCGUACCGUCGCGCGAUUUGGAAACCACGUGGCACGACGUAACGGAAAUCACCAAGAAAGCUGCCGGUCAAAGUCCGCUGCUGGGCGAGCGGCCCAUCCAGACAGUGGCCACUGCAGAAGGUGGAUUGCUGUCGAGCGAAAUCUCCAAGCGACGCUUCGCCAAAACUCGUUUGUACACAGGAGGAAGAAUCUUACAUAUUGUACGGCGGAAGAAAACUGAGUUGGAAAAGAAAACUAACACCGGCGGACCGACAUUCGAAAUGCGCUGGGCAACAGCCGAGGACUUCACUGAGCUGAAAGUGAUGCCCCGAAUGCUGUUGGACCAUCUGCCGGACAAUGUGUUCCGUACGUUGACAAAAAUCCUGGAGGAACAGAAAACACACAACGGAUCGAUGCUGUCGCUGCAGGAAAUCUAAACUGCAGCAAACCCGACAAAAUAAUCCAGAUUUGCCAAACUGAGAAACGCUAACUGAUACCGAAACAGUACCCGCCAAAAACCGAUGACCACGAGAGUGCCUUACGAGAAGUGAAUCUUGCCGUCUAACGAAAGUAACGAUUGAUAUUUUAAUAAUUUUUAAACAUUCUUAACGGACCGUCGCGUAGUUUUAAGUCAAGUAGUACACUAUACAUGUGGCAGGCAGCAGAAAUAACCUAUCAAAUAGGGAAGUAUAUUUGUCUUCAUCGUACCCUUAAAGGUAGUUGUAAAAGUUGUGCAGCCUGUAAAAGUAGCCCGUAAGUAGAAUUCUAUGAUAUUAAUUGCUCACUGAGAAGGGUUUCUGAAGUAUAGUGAAUAGUAAAUUCAUUGUUAAAAGGGAUUUCAUGACAAACCGGAUCCAUUCCAUCAUCAGCUUCAUUAGGGUACGACGAUUAGUUAGGUAAAUUUUAAUCGAGAACGACGACAUUCCAACAGGGAUCUGAAUAGCAUGAUAUUGUUAGAUAGUUUUUAAAAGUAGAGCGAGUGAGCAGGAAAUUGACGGAAUCGAAUAUCGGAAGUAUUUUUUAUUCAUGUAUUUUGUAUGCUGUGUAUCGAACAUGUAAAGGAGUAGGGUAGAAGUGUUUUAUAGACUCUGCAGACCGGAAAGGGAUGUAAUGAGUACCAAUUUUGGUUGUGAUAAUACGAGAAAUGCUAUUUAUUAUUUAUAAACGGCAAUGCAUGUGAACGUGACA